UCUACGAAUCUAAAGCCUACAGCUUGAUGACAUUCUACGGAUAUCAAGAAAAAAAAGAAAAAAAAAUGUCUAAAGUAUCAAACAAAGACAAUGAAAUUAGUCUAAAGCAAGUACUAGAGGCGAUACAGAAACAGAGUGAAAUUCAAGAACAAAUCCAAAUAUUAACAAAACAAGCAAGCGAAGAGAAUGAACGCCGUGAUAAAGAAAUCGAAUUGCUAAAAGAGACAGUUGCAGAAUUGAAGCUAGCCAUUGAAUAUCAGCAAACAAUUAUGACAAAAGAUUAUAAAUCUACAACAAACACCAGAAAGGAAACUGUGAAAUCGAGAAAAAGUGAUCGUAUACCUGUAGGGAGCGCACCCGAAAUGAUAUUUGAUUCUGAAAGCGAUAACGAUGACGAAAACCAAGACUACAACGAACCGCGACAGACAAUGUUAUCAGCGGAAGACGCAAUAAGAUACAUCCCAACUUUAAACGGUGACGAUGAUGUUGGAGUGGAAGAUUUCAUAAAAGAAGUAGAUGCUAUCCGAACGCAUUGUUCAGAGAAAGAUUUAUUAUUGAAAGCAAUUAAAAUCGAUAAAAUAGUUGGUAAAGCCGCGCAAAGUAUUCGAAACAUACCUACUGAAAAUUAUGCAGAUUUACAUGACGCUUUGAGAUCCAACGUAGUAGUUGAAGUAACAUCUGAGGAAUGUGAAGAACAAUUAUGCGAUUUGAGACAAGAGCGCCAUGAAUCUGUUCAAAGCUUCAAUAUGCGAUUCCGCCACACAUUAAAUAAACUUAGGUAUGCAAUAACUAGUGAAAAUCCAGAACCAAUUACAAGACGAAUAAUGAUUGACGCUACCAUGAAAAAAGUAAGUAGAAUUUAUUUAAAAGGACUUCGACACGACAUAGGACGCAUACUGUUAGCAAGCAAACUAGAUUCAUUGAACGAAACAGAAAAGAAAGCCGUCGAUAUUGAAAGAUACCUAGGAGAAGAAGAAAAGGAAUGGAGGACAGGUACUCGACCAACAGCAACGUACAACCGAUUUAAUAAUAGACGGAUGCAGACAAGCAACCGAUCAUUACCUACCAUACCUAAUAAUCCAAUCAAAAAAGAUGUUUCACCGUUUUCUAAAACGGAACGCGUACCAUUUGCUAAGCAACAACAAAUAAAGUGUUUCAAAUGUGGUAAAUUGGGGCAUAUUGCGGCAAUUGUGUGUCGACCACGAGACUAG